GCAACGCGUCUGGGAUGGCCGAGGAUUAGACACCGGGCACCCUCUGCCUCAUAAAGUCAUCAGGAGGAGGAGGAGGACAGGGGGGUGACUCUUGGGAACCUUAGCCCCCCUCCCAGCCUCCUUGCUUUUAUUCCCAUUGAAAUAUUCUACUUAAGAGCUCCUGGCGCACUUCUUAGCCUCUGUCUUUUUUUCUUUCUUUCUUUUCUUCUCCUUGUGACAAGAUUCCUGUCUCCUGCUGGGAUUAUUUGGGGCCGAAUGGGUGACCUCGCUUUCCAUCCAUUCAUCCAUCCAUCUUAUGGAACCUGCUUCUUUCCCCCUCACUCGGAGUUGUCAUGUCCAAAGAAGACUCACCCGCUCACUGACUGACUGACUCAGGAAGGAGCUCCGGAGAAUUUUUUCUUUUUUUCUUUUGGGAAUCCAGUUGAAGGCUGCGACGCGAGGACAGGGAUGAAGAUGAGACCUCCCGGCCCUCUGCUGAUCCUGCUCUAUGUCACACUGUCAAAGAGUCUCAAGGUGGUCUCCAAGAGAGGCUCAGUGGAUGGCUGCACAGACUGGUCGGUGGACUACCUGAAGUACCAGGUGCUGCAUGGCGAGCCGGUGCGGCUAAAGUGCGCCCUGUUCUACGGCUACAUCCGCGCCAACUACAGCCAGGCUCAGAGCGUGGGCCUCAGCCUCAUGUGGUACCGCAGUUCGGGCCUGGGCCACAGCGACUUCGAGGAGCCCAUCUCCUUCGACGGCGUCCGCAUGAGCAAGGAGGAGGACGCCAUCUGGUUCAGACCCGCCGACCCUCAGGACGUCGGACUCUACUCAUGCGUGUUACGGAACGCCACUUACUGCAUGAAGGUGUCCAUGUCGUUAACGGUGGCAGAGAACGACACCAACAUGUGCUACAACUCCAACAUGCGGCGGAUGGAGAAGGCCGAGCUCAGCAAGAGCAAAGACAUUCUGUGCCCCGACAUCGACGACUACGUUGAGCCUGGCAAAGAGCCAGACAUUACCUGGUACAAGGAAUGUCAUCCAAGGCAGUGGCGUGCCAGCGUCAUCCAGAAGAGAGACAUUCUCUCCUUCAAGGAGGUGACGGAGGACGACAUCGGAAAUUACACCUGCGAGGUCCAGUUUGGCGGCUUUGUGGUCAGGAGAACGACGGAACUGGCCGUCACCGCCCCUCUGACCGACAAGCCACCCAAGAUCCUGUUCCCCUUGGAAAACAAGAUUAGCAACAUGGAGCUGCAGCUAGGAGGCUCUCUGAACCUGACGUGCCGGGCGUUUUUCGGCUACAGCGGCGACGUCGUCCCACUCAUCUACUGGAUGAAGGGAGAUAAGUUCAUUGAGGACCUGGACGAGGAGCGAGUGCAGGAGACCGAAAUCAAGAUCGUCAAGAAGCAUCUGGGCGAGCAGGAAGUGGCCAUCUCCCUGACCAUCGACUCACUGGAGGAGGAGGAUCUGGGAAAUUAUUCGUGUUACGUGGAGAACGGCAACGGCCGCCGCCAGGCUAGCGUGCAGCUCUUCCGGAAGGCAGAGCUCAUGUACACGGUGGAGCUGGCCGGGGGUCUCGGGGCCAUCCUGCUGCUGCUCAUCUUCCUCGUCUCGCUCUACAAAUGCUACAGGAUUGAGCUGAUGCUCUUCUACAGGCGGCACUUCGGCAGUGAUGACCCGGACGGGGAAAACAAGGACUAUGACGCCUACCUGUCCUACACCAAAGUGGACCCUGACCAGUGGAGCCAGGAGACCCGGGAGGAGGAACGCUUCGCCCUGGAGAUUCUCCCUGACGUGCUGGAGAAGCAUUACGGCUACAAACUCUUCAUCCCCGACCGGGACCUCAUUCCAACCGGAACUUACAUCGAGGACGUGGCGCGCUGCGUGGAUCAGAGCAAGCGGCUCAUCAUCGUCAUGACGCCCAACUACGUGGUGCGGCGCGGCUGGAGCAUCUUCGAGCUGGAGACGCGCCUGCGCAACAUGCUGGUCACCGGCGAGAUCAAGGUGAUCCUCAUCGAGUGCGCCGAGCUGCGCGGCAUCAUGAAUUACCAGGAGGUGGAGGCCCUCAAGCACACCAUCAAGACCCUCACCGUCAUCAAGUGGCGCGGCCCCAAGAGCAACAAGCUACACUCCAAGUUCUGGAAGCAGCUGCAGUACGAGAUGCCUUUCAGGCGCACCGAGCCCAUGCUGGGCCACGAGCCGGCGCUGGACGUCAGCGAGCGGGGCGCCUUCGGCGAGCUGCAGACCGUCUCGGCCAUCUCCAUGGCGGCGGCCACCUCCACCGCCAUGGCCACCGCCCACCCGGAGCUGCGCUCGUCCUUCCACAACUCCUACCACACCACCGUCAGGCAGAAACACUACUACCGCAGCUACGAGUACGACGUGCCCGCGGGGGGCACCCUGCCGCCGCUGUCGUCGCUGGGGAGCCAGCACACCUACUGCAACAUCCCCCUGACGCUGCUCAACGGGCAGAGGCCGCCCGGGAAGAGCCGCGAGCACAGCCUGGAGGAGGCGCACGCCAACAACGCCAUGCUGCCCCUGCUGCCCCGCGAGACCAGCAUCUCCAGCGUCAUCUGGUAA